GCGUGUUUUCUUGUUCCAUAAGCAAUGGUGAACGGGAAAAAUAAAAAGAGAAUAGUCCAAGAGAAAUUAAGACUAUUAAAAGGCGUGGUGAGGGCUUGAGGGAGAGAAAAAACCAUACACGCAAAAAAAAAAUCCAUAGUCAAGAGCCAUGACGAACAUGAGCUCUCCUGAAUCUUCUCCGGCCUAUGAAGCCGUCUCCGUCGAAGUUUCCGGCAGAAACAAGCCGGCUCCGGCGCCGGCUGAGAUCUCUGUCGGCCAAAGAGAUGUGAUCAGAGUUGUGUUGUUGCUAACUGCGGUUGCGCUUUCAUGCCUUCUCAUUUCCAACUCGGCCGAUAAUCCUCUGCAGACGGUCUUGCCUCCAUGGAAAACCGAUUGGUAUUCCGAGAAAACUGAUAACUCUUCUUCUUUAGAAACGAGAAAACCGGUUUCGGAACUAGAGAGAGUGCUGAUGAACGCUGCCAUGGAAGACAAGACCGUGAUCAUAACCGCGAUAAACCAGGCAUGGGCGGCAGAAAACUCGACGUUCGAUGUGUUCAGAGAGAGUUUCGAGGUCGGGAAAGGAACCAAGAGGCUGUUGAAACACGUAAUCGCCUUCUGUUUGGACCACAAGGCCUACGAACGUUGCUCCCAGGUUCAUCCGCAUUGCUGGUUGAUCAAUGCCACCGGUUCAGACGAAUUAGCCGGUCCGAACCGGUUUAUGACUCCCGGUUAUCUCAAGCUCAUUUGGAAACGAAUGGAUUCUCUACGAGAAGUCCUCGCUUUAGGCUACAACUUCAUCUUCACGGAUGCGGAUAUAGUAUGGCUGCGGGAUCCGUUCCCGAGGUUCUUCCCUGAAGGAGACUUCCAAAUAACGUGCGACAACUACAACGGGAAACCCUCGGACAAGAACAACUGGGUGAACUCGGGAUUCACCUACGUAAAAGCCAGCGAAAAGACAUCAAAGUUCUACGAGUUCUGGUGCAACUCGAGCCGGAGAUUCCCCGGAAAACACGACCAGGACGUCUUCAACUUCAUCAAGAACGAUCCGUUCGUGGUCCAACUCGGGAUCAAGAUGAGAUUCUUUGACACGGUCUACUUCGGAGGGUUUUGCCAGCCGAGCCGCGACAUAAACGUCGUCAACACCAUGCACGCCAACUGCUGCAUCGGUCUGGACAACAAAGUCAAGUACCUUAGGGUUGUCCUCGAUGACUGGAGAAGGUACUUGUCGGAGAAUGCGACCGUCUCCGACACUAAAUGGAAUAUUCCCCCCAAGUGCGGUUACAGGAGGUUGUAGAAUCUGUAGACUUUAUUGUUCGACAUUAUAAUAGUAUAAACGGUAUUGGAGCUGCUUCUACAUCGUUUCUUCAUAAGUAUUUAUUAUUCCAUAUAUAUCGAAUUGAGUUUUGCAAGUUAUGUUACAAAUAUCAUAUAUGGGUAUUAAUAAUUAACAUUGUAAAUUGUUAUAAUAAUGUGCUGCCGAGAGUUAUAAAAAAUUUCUCAAACA